AUGCAGGCCUCGGGCACUGUUGCUGCGUGCAUGCAGCCCCUGGACGUUGCUGCUGCUGCAAGCACACAAGCCCUGGGCGCUGCUGCUGCUAGCAAGCAAGCCUUGGGCGCUGCUGCUACGUGCAUGCAGGCCUCGGGUGCUGCUGCUGCAAGCAUGCAGGCUCUGGGCGCUGUUGCUGCUGCAGGCAUGCAGGCCUCGGGCGCUGCAGCCGGAGACUACGCGCGCGGUGAUGCUGGCGGACGAAGCGUGGACGAGGCCUCGCACGCCGGUGCUGUGCUGCAGCGUGUGCAGCUGCCGGGCGCUACGCUGCUGCCGGGAAGUGGUGCUGCGCCGUCUACCGAUGGACGUACAGCCGCUGCUGGCGCUCCUCGACACGGCAUCGUCUCUCAGGCUGCCGCUGCAGCGUCACCGAUGGUACGGCCUCCUGCUGCGCCGGCUGAUGGUGGGGCCAUGGUCGCUCCGGCCGUCGCUGCUGCAUCGUCGAGGGAGGCGCCCUUGGGGGCGACAGACAGAAAGAAACGCAUUCACUCCCUCCUUCAGGAUGGGGUUACGGUCGAGGGACACGAGCAGCUAAAGUCUUACAUCACAUCAUAUUAUAAAGGUUUAUUUGGGUCACCUGAGGAGUCAGAUAUAACUCUGGAUGAAUCCAGAGUUGACGAUAUUGCACAAGUGACCCCACAGGAGAAUGCAGUCCUUACCGCUCCAUAUACGAAGGAAGAGAUAAGGAAAGCAGUCUUCCAGAUGGAACUUAAUAAGGCUCCUGGACCUGAUGGUUUCCCGGCUGAGUUCUUUCAAACAUUCUGGGAUACUAUUAAAAAGGAUCUACUAGAGUUGUUUGAAGAGCUUCAGCCGGGCAACUAG